AUGGUAGACAGUACUGGAAGCCAUCUGGUUUUAGAGGGUCACAUGAAUCUUUUCAGGUCGCUGAGCUGGAUGCUCCUCAUUACCAUCCUGCUCUGAGAUCUUUCCUUGGGUGAUCAUGUAAAAAUCAUGGCCAAUUGCACCAAAGCUGUUCAUGGCAGAGAUGUGUCAGCAAGCCUUCAAGCCCAGAAAGUGCAUGUCUCCAGUUCCAGAGCUUUUGCUUGGCUGUCACAGGUGUGUCAGAGAUGGGAUGAUGUCCAGAAACCCUGCUUUGCCAACGUUUGUGAUGCUUGGUUUCAGUACUUUUAUGAGUACUUGGGAAAUACUCCUUGUCAAGUUAUUACACCUUUGACUGACAGGUGCUGUAUUACCCCAACCCAGGCUCUCCACCUAGCAGUGAGUGAUGCUCCUGCAGCACCAGCUGGCACAGAUAAAGAGACCUUGUAAGAUUUAGGCUGUGCCCUUGGUAUGACAGUGAAAAUUUUCAACUCUCCAGAACACAUGGAUGACAAGUCUGUAGGGAAUAUCUAUAAAGGUUUGGUCCAGACAGGAGCUUGAGGGUGCUUUGAGGAAUUCAAUCAUCUCUUGGUAGAAGUCUAGUCAGUACUGGCAGUACAACUAAAGUCUAUCCAUGAUAAAAUUAGGAGGAAAAAUAAGUGAGUAUUUCUUUAUUUAACAGAGUUGGAAUAUUUAAUACUAUUGUCCCUGGAUGUGCAGAAGCUGUGUCAGGUUGUCCCUGACACUGAGCUGGUCUCUGAAAUGAUGUUAGCUGCUGAAGGGUUUAUUGACACCUGUCUGUUAGCCAAGAAGUUCAUCACCUCGUAACCCCUCUGCAGGGAGCUGCUCCCUGAACAGCUGAAGAGCUGUUAUGACUGGGGACUUCAUGCUAUCAAGUCAGUUUUGGUAAUUGCAGGGUCCCUGAAACAAGGAGACAAGAACAGACCUGAAGAUUGGGUAAAAUAUGUUUCUGAGUUUAAUUUGCAUAAAAUAGUGACAGAUGAUAUCCCAAUUUUCACAAGCCUGAUCAGUGACCUGUUUCCAGCUCUGGAUGUUCUGAGAAUGAGGAACCUACAGUUUGAGCAGAUGGUUAAACAAUCUACCCUGGAGCUGUACUUGCAGCCAGAAGAGAACUUUAUUCUCAAAGAUGCUCAGCUAGAGGAGCAGCCAGCAGUGUGUCCCUCAGUGUUUGUGGUUGGAAUUGCAGGGAAUGGAAAACGCAAGGUAGAUCUAAAAUCCAAACUUGCUACUCAGGAGGAAGCACUGCAACUGAAAAAUCGAGAUACUGAAGCUUUGAUUGCCAUGAUAGGGUUUCAGACUGAGAAACUGAGCCAAGAAAAGGCCAUUGCAGAUGCAGACGAGCUAAAGAUUUCAAAUUGGAGUUUACAAGAGCUUUUUGAGUUCUACAACCUUAAGCAAGUAAAUACCUUGGAGACAGCAGCUGUGUGUGUCCUAUCUAAUAAAUGUGUACAUGGAAAAUAUCCCCGACAAUUGCAGAAACAGGUUUUUCCAAAAACCUGUUGGAGACAGUCCAUUGAAAACCUCAAAGCACAGAAGAAAACUUUAUGUGGUAACAUCUUAUUGACAGCAGCAUUUGUGUCUUGCUUUGGAUCCUUCAUAAAACAAUAUCACCAGGAGGCAAAGGGACAUUUCUGGAUUCCUCCUCUAAAGAAGAAGGCUCCUUUUCCUGUGGCGGAGGGCCUGGACCCAAUUGCCACGUUGACAGAUGAUGCUCGGGCUGUGGCGUGGAGUAACGAGGGUGAUAGGCUGUCAGCAGAAAAUGCCACUAUUCUAACAAACUGUGAGUGCUGACCUCUGAUGAUAGAUCCCCAGCAACAGGGAAUUAAAUGGAUAAAGAAUAAAUAUGGAGCUGACCUUAAAGUCGUAUGUCUAGGACAGAAAGGAUUUGUGCUCACCAUUGAAAGAGCUUUAGCUUUUGAUGAGACUGUAUUAAUUGAAAACAUGUGUGACUUUAUUGAUCCCAUACUUGAUCAUCUGCUUGGAAGACAUGCAGUUAAAAAGGGAAGAUGUACCACGAGUGACGACAAAAAAUUUGAAUUCAACAAGAACUUUCAUCUCAUCCUUCACACUAAUCUGGCUAACCCUCACUUGAAGCCAGAACUGCCUGUUCAGACCACCUUCAUUAAUUUCACUGUCACCAGGGACAGGAUGGAAGACCAGCUGUUGCCUGAGGUUAUUAAUGCUGAAAGGCAAGACUCACAGAAAAUCCUCAGCAAGAAGCAGAACAGUUUCACCACUGAGCUCAGGCAGCUGGAGGAUGGCAGGCUGCUCAGCCUGUCAGCUGCCCAGGGCAGUCUCCUAGACGACAGUGAACUUGUAAAGAAAAGCAAAUCAGCAAAGUCAACUGCAGCAAAAAUACAACACAAGGUAGCUGAAGCCAAAGAAAAUGAAGGUCAGGGUAACACGACAAGAGAGCAUUAGAGACUGACAGCCAGAAGGCUCCUUUACCCUGGGAGUAUCAGCCUGGGCAGUGUCAACCCCAUCCACCAGUUUUCACUGAAGGCCUUCAUUGUCUUCCACAAAGCAAUUAAACAGGUUGCAAAAUCAGGGGAUAUUCUAAGUUUUAUCUCUAGCCUGAAAGAAGCUGUCACAUAUUCAACCUAUCUUUUCACAAGCCAGAUUUUUGAAAAUUAUAAGCUCAUUUUCUUGGUCCAAAUGGCUUUUCAGGUUCUUCUAAGCAGUAAAGAGAUAGAACUCCUUGAACUGGAUUUCCUUUUUCAGUUCAGAGUUGAACAUGAGAGUCCAGUUGACUUUUUAACUACUCAGCCAUGGAGUAUCAUUAGAGCUAUGGCAGUGAUGGAUGUGUUCAGAGGGAUAGAUAAAGAUAUUUGAAAAUCCACCAAGAAAUGGAAGAGUUGGGCAGACUCAAAACAUCCAGAAAAGGAGAAACUCCCCUGGGAGUAGACAAAAAAAAAACCCUCUUUUCUUAAACUAAUAAUACUGUCCAUCAGGACAGAAUGA